AUGUCUUCUUUCUCCAACUUCAAAUUAGCUACCGAUUUACCAGCUUGGAACAAAUUACAAGCCCUUUACGACAGCGAAGGUAAGAACAUCUCUGUCAAGAAGGAAUUCCAAAAUGACCCAAAACGUUUUCAAAAAUUCUCAAAGACCUUCACCAACUACGAUGGUUCUAAGAUCCUUUUCGAUUUCUCCAAAAACUUAAUCAACGACGAAGUCCUAGCUAACUUGAUUGAAUUGGCUAAGGAAGCUAAUGUCACCGGUUUAAGAGACUCCAUGUUCGCUGGUGAACACAUUAAUUUCACCGAAGACCGUGCUGUCUACCACGUUGCUUUGAGAAACAGAGCCAACAAGCCAAUGUACGUUGACGGUGUCAACGUCGCUCCAGAAGUCGAUUCUGUUUUACAACACAUGAAAGAAUUCUCCGAACAAGUCCGUUCUGGUGCUUGGACCGGUUACACUGGUAAAAAGAUCACCGAUGUUGUCAACAUUGGUAUCGGUGGUUCCGAUUUAGGUCCAGUUAUGGUCACUGAAGCCUUGAAACAUUACGCCAGUGACAUCAAAGUUCACUUCGUUUCUAACAUCGAUGGUACCCACUUGGCUGAAGUCCUAAAGGUCAUUAACGCUGAAACCACCCUUUUCUUAAUCGCUUCUAAGACCUUCACUACUGCUGAAACUAUCACCAACGCUAACUCCGCUAAGGCUUGGUUCUUAGAACAAGUUGGUGGUGAUGCUUCUCACAUUGCUAAGCAUUUUGCUGCUUUAUCCACUAACAAGGAAGAAGUUGCUAAGUUCGGUAUUGACACCAAGAACAUGUUCGGUUUCGAAAACUGGGUUGGUGGUCGUUACUCUGUGUGGUCCGCUAUCGGUCUUUCUGUCGCCUUAUACAUUGGUUUCGACAACUUUGAAGCUUUCUUAAAGGGUGCUGAAGCCGUUGACAAACACUUCACUGAAACCCCAUUAGAAGACAACAUCCCAUUAUUAGGUGGUUUAUUAUCUGUCUGGUACAAUAACUUCUUUGGUGCUCAAACUCACUUAGUCGCCCCAUUCGACCAAUACUUACACAGAUUCCCAGCUUACUUACAACAAUUAUCCAUGGAAUCCAACGGUAAAUCUGUUACCCGUGGUGAUGUCUUCACCAACUACUCCACUGGAUCCAUCUUAUUCGGUGAACCAGCUACCAACGCUCAACACUCCUUCUUCCAAUUGGUCCACCAAGGUACUAAGUUGAUCCCAUCCGAUUUCAUCUUAGCUGCUCAAUCUCACAACCCAAUUACCAACAACUUGCACCAAAAGAUGUUGGCUUCCAACUUCUUCGCUCAAGCUGAAGCUUUAAUGGUUGGUAAGGACGAAGCACAAGUCAAGGCUGAAGGUGCUACUGGUGGUUUGGUCCCACACAAGAUCUUCUCUGGUAACAGACCAACCACCUCUAUUUUGGCCCAAAAGAUUACCCCAGCCACUUUAGGUGCUUUAAUUGCCUACUACGAACAUGUUACCUUCACUGAAGGUGCUAUCUGGAACAUCAACUCCUUCGACCAAUGGGGUGUUGAAUUAGGUAAGGUCCUAGCUAAGGUCAUCGGUAAGGAAUUAGAUGAUUCUUCCAAGAUCUCUUCUCACGAUGCUUCCACCAACGGUUUAAUCAAUCAAUUCAAGGCUUGGAUGUAA